AUGACAGUCAAAUAUGUGAACUGUACUGAGGUACCCAGUGUACCAAAUGAACCAAGUGUACCGAGCAUACCAAGCAUACUGAGCGUACCCAGUGUACUGAGUGUACCGAGUGUACCACAAGUAUCUAGCAUACCAAGUGUACCAAGCGUACCAAGUGUACCAAAUGCACCAAGGAUAUCUAGCGUACCGAGUGCACCGAGUGUAUCUAGCACACCAAGUGUACCGAGUGUACUGAGCGUACCAAGUUUACCGAGUGUACUGAGUGCACUAAGCGUACCGAAUGUAAAGAGUGCACCCAGUGUAUCUGGUGUACUGAGUCUACCAAGUGCACCGAGUUUAUCUAGCAUACCAAGUGUACCAAGUGCACCGAGUGUAUCUAGUGUACCAAGCGUACCAAGUGCACCGAGUGUAUCUAGUGUACCAAGCGUACCAAGUGCACCGAGUGUAUCUAGCGUACCAAGUGUACUGAGUGCACUGAGUGUAUCUAGUGUACCAAGCGUACCAAGUGCACCGAGUGUAUCUAGCAUACCAAGUGUACCAAGUGCACUGAGUGUAUCUAGUGUACCAAGCGUACCAAGUGCACCGAGUGUAUCUAGCAUACCAAGUGUACUGAGUGCACUGAGUGUAUCUAGCGUACCAAGUGCACUUGGUGCACUGAGUAUGGAGAAAAUUUGGGUUAAAGAAGAUUAA